GGGCUAGGCGUGCGAAUGACGCAGUUUGGUGUGAGGGGAGGGAGCGGAGCGAGCAGCAGUGUAGGAAAGAGGAGGAAGCAGCGAGGAUGGCGGAGUCACACCUCUGAAGCAAAUCUUCGAGGGAUUAAAAAAAAACAACUUUGAUGACCUUUGCAGCCUGAAAGAACUUCUGUCUGAAGGUCCUGAGAUUGUAUGCAGUUCAAAAACUUAAGCAUGUGGACCAUGGAUGUCACAAUCCUGCUACUUAAAAGGAUUUUUUCUUCCAUGGCAUUUUAACAAAACAACAAAAUAUAAAAGUAUCCAAAAACCCUUGGAUCACUGGGCCUUUAUUUCAAGGAUAAUCAUAAAUGUGUGGGCCUGCACAGGGAUGUUUUCUUUAAAGGCCUCCUUGGCUGUGUGUGUCCCUUUUUUCCCAAAUAAGUAACCUGACAGAAGAGACUCCCAUGAGCAACUCUGCAAGGGGCCCGAUAACGUCGACAUGAGUAGUACUUUAGGCAAAGAAAAAGAUUCAAAAGAAAAGGACCCCAAAGGUGGUCCAGCAGGGAAAGAAAGGGAAAAGGAGACCAAGGCUCUGGCCGGUUUGGUCAAGGAUGGAGGCAAAGAAUCGAAGACCAAAGGGAAAGAUGCCAAAGAAGGAAAGAAGGACACCAGCAGUUCAACACCGGGUGUUGCCUUCUCAGUUGACAAUACGAUAAAGCGGCCAAACCCGGCAGCAGGUACUCGCAAGAAGUCCAGUAAUGCCGAGGUGAUCAAAGAACUUAACAAGUGCAGGGAGGAGAACUCAAUGAGACUGGACCUAUCUAAACGGUCCAUUCAUAUGCUACCCACUUCCAUCAAGGAGUUGACGCAGCUCGCUGAACUCUACUUAUACAGCAACAAGCUGCAGAGCCUGCCAGCUGAGGUGGGUUGCCUAUCAGGCUUGGUCACACUGGCCCUGAGUGAGAACUCCCUGACCAGUUUACCCGACUCCCUGGACUCCCUUAAGAUGCUUCGAAUGCUCGACCUGCGGCACAACAAGCUGAGAGAGAUACCGGCUGUCGUCUACCGGCUGAUGUCUCUCGCCACGCUGUACCUGCGCUUCAACCGCAUCACAACAGUAGAGAAGGACAUCAGAAACCUGUCCAAGCUCACUAUGCUCAGCAUCAGAGAGAACAAGAUUAAACAGCUGCCUGCAGAGAUCGGGGAGCUUUGCAGCCUUAUUACUCUAGAUGUUGCCCAUAACCAGUUGGAACACUUACCGAAAGAGAUUGGGAAUUGCACACAGAUAACCAACCUCGACCUGCAGCACAAUGAGCUCUUGGACCUACCAGAGACUAUAGGGAAUCUGGCCAGCAUAAAUCGCUUGGGUCUGAGAUACAAUAGAUUAUCAGCCAUCCCCAGAUCAUUAGCCAAAUGUCGAGAACUGGAGGAGCUAAACCUUGAAAACAACAACAUUUCAGUGUUGCCAGAGGGCCUGCUUUCAAGUUUGGUCAACCUGACGAGUCUAACACUGGCGAGGAACUGCUUCCAGUCUUACCCUGUGGGUGGACCAUCCCAGUUCUCCACCAUCUACUCCCUCAACAUGGAGCACAACAGAAUCAAUAAGAUACCUUUUGGUAUCUUCUCCAGGGCCAAAGUGUUAAGCAAGCUUAACAUGAAGGACAACCAGUUAACAUCUCUGCCACUGGACUUUGGCACAUGGACGAGCAUGGUUGAGCUCAACCUGGCCACGAAUCAGCUGACAAAGAUCCCUGAGGACGUCUGUGGUCUCGUCUCUCUAGAGGUGUUAAUAUUGUCCAAUAAUCUUCUCAAGAAGUUACCACAUAGUAUUGGAAAUUUGAGGAAGCUACGAGAGCUCGACUUGGAGGAAAACAAGUUGGAAUCUCUGCCGAAUGAAAUCGCUUAUCUUAAAGAUUUACAGAAAUUGGUGUUGACAAAUAAUCAGCUGACUACGUUACCCAGAGGCAUCGGCCACCUCACCAACCUGACUCACCUGGGUUUGGGAGAGAACCUGCUGCAACACCUUCCCGAGGAGAUUGGUACACUGGAGAACCUGGAGGAACUGUACCUCAACGACAACCCCAACCUGCACAGCCUCCCGUUCGAGCUGGCCCUCUGCAGCAAGCUGUCCAUCAUGAGCAUCGAGAACUGUCCCCUCAGCCACCUGCCUCCGCAGAUCGUGGCGGGAGGCCCCUCCUUCAUCAUCCAGUUCCUCAAGAUGCAGGGACCGUACCGUGCCAUGGUCUGAGCCAAGAGCAGCUCAAUCCCAGUCCCACUUAUCCCCCAAACCCUUCAGUUGCUCUGCACCCUCUCGCCUGGCGCC